UAUAAAUAGAUCACUGGUGUGAGAUCCAAAAGCAUAAACCCCAUUACCACUACAUUUACAAGCUACAGCUCAAGAAGCUUAAUUAGCUUCUCUUACUUAGUUGCCAGUAACAACUAGAUAAGCUAGCUCGGACAUGGAGGUGGAAGCCGGCGCUCAUGGAGACAUGGCGGCGAAGAGCAAGUUCUCGCUGCCGGUGGACUCGGAGCACAAGGCGGAGUCCAUCAGGCUCUUCUCCUUCGCCAACCCACACAUGCGCACCUUCCACCUCUCGUGGAUUUCCUUCUUCACCUGCUUCGUCUCCACUUUCGCCGCGGCGCCUUUGGUGCCUAUCAUCCGCGACAACCUCAACCUCGCCAAGGCCGACAUCGGCAACGCCGGUGUCGCCUCCGUGUCGGGUUCCAUCUUCUCCAGGCUCGCCAUGGGCGCCGUGUGUGACCUCCUUGGUCCGCGGUAUGGGUGCGCCUUCCUCGUGAUGCUCUCGGCGCCCACCGUGUUCUGCAUGUCGCUCAUCGACGACGCGGCGGGGUACAUCACGGUGCGGUUCCUCAUCGGCUUCUCCCUCGCGACCUUCGUGUCGUGCCAGUACUGGAUGAGCACCAUGUUCAACAGCAAGAUCAUCGGCACCGUCAACGGCCUCGCCGCCGGGUGGGGCAACAUGGGCGGUGGAGCCACACAGCUCAUCAUGCCGCUCGUCUUCCACGCCAUCCAAAAGUGUGGUUCCACGCCCUUUGUAGCAUGGCGCAUCGCCUACUUCGUGCCGGGGAUGAUGCACAUCGUGAUGGGGAUCCUGGUGCUCACCAUGGGGCAGGACCUCCCCGAUGGCAACCUCAGGAGCCUCCAGAAGAAGGGAAAUGUCAACAAGGACAAGUUCUCCAAGGUGCUCUGGGGCGCCGUCACCAACUACCGGACAUGGGUCUUCGUGCUCCUCUACGGCUACUGCAUGGGUGUCGAGCUCACCACCGACAACGUCAUCGCCGAGUACUACUACGACCACUUCCACCUUGACCUCCGCACCGCCGGCACCAUCGCCGCCUGCUUCGGCAUGGCCAACAUCGUGGCACGCCCCGCCGGAGGCAUCCUCUCUGACUUCGGCGCCCGCUACUUCGGCAUGCGCGCUCGCCUCUGGAACAUCUGGAUCCUCCAGACGGCCGGCGGCGCUUUCUGCCUUUGGCUCGGCAGCGCUACCGAGCUCCCGGCCUCCGUCACCGCCAUGGUCCUCUUCUCCAUCUGUGCCCAGGCCGCUUGCGGCGCCAUCUUUGGGGUCGCCCCCUUCGUGUCCCGGCGGUCUCUCGGCAUCAUCUCCGGGAUGACCGGCGCCGGCGGGAACGUGGGCGCGGGGCUCACGCAGCUUCUCUUCUUCACAUCGUCGAGCUACUCCACCGGCAAAGGGCUGCAGUACAUGGGCAUCAUGAUCAUGUGCUGCACGCUGCCGGUGGCGCUGGUGCACUUCCCGCAGUGGGGAUCCAUGUUCUUCCCCGCCAAGUCCGGCGCCACCGAGGAGGAGUACUACGCCGCCGAGUGGUCGGAGGAGGAGAAGAGCCAGGGGCUCCACCUCGCCGGCCAGAAGUUCGCCGUGAACAGCCGGUCGGAGCGCGGCAGCAGGCACAACGCCGUCCUCGCCGAUGCCGCCACGCCACCAAACAACACGCCCCAGCACGUAUAAGACGUUGUUGUGCAUAUAUAAUGCACAUCGUAUAUGUAUGUACGCCUGCAUGAAUUUUCAUUUCCGUAAGUAUAUAUAUAUACAGACUUUAAUUAUAUGUAGGUAAUGACGAAAAAGUGUAUGGAUCGACCCAUGCAUGUGUGGAUGUGCAUGCAGGGCGAGCGAGGGUAUUUGUACCGGUGUCCAAAAGUUAAAUUGUGUAUGUGAAGUGAAGAGAGCUCUGGAUUUUUUUUUUAA